GGCAGCAGAAGGUUGGUCCGGUCUAAAUGUGACGCGAGGCGAUGUCAUCUCCUGAGAAUCAGACGCUCCUCGUCAUGCUGCUGUUGGCCUGCUGCUCAGCAGGUGGAGCUCAGAACGAGUCGCACGUCGUGGCCGUCCUGCAGCUGGAAGUCUUCACCUCCAGCUCCAGGUCCAUCGUGGUGAAGGAGGGGUCCAACAUGCUGAUUGAAUGUAACGUGACUCGAGAGCACGAUGAGGUCCGGUGGUUUAACUCCAAAGGACCUCUGGAGACAGAUGGAGCAGGAGGUAAGUGGCAGAUCCAUGAGAACGGUGCCCUGAACAUCACCGCGGUCUCCUUCCAGGACCGUGGACGCUACACCUGCGUGGCUUCCAGCAGCGCCGGCCUCACAACAAACUACACGGUGACGGUGCGCGUGGCGUACACCAACAGCGGCCUGGGAGUGUACUUUGUCGUCGUGUGCCUGGUGGCCUUCACCAUCACCAUCAUCCUGAACGUGGCGCGCCUGUGCAUGGUCAACAGCCACCUGAAGGAGAUGGAGAAGGCCAUCAACGAGUUCUUCCGCACCGAGGGCGCCGAGAAGCUGCAGCGGGCGUUCGAAGUCGCCAAGCACAUCCCCAUCGUCACCUCAGCGAAGACGGUGGAGUUCGCUCGGGUCACGCAGUUCAAGACCCUGGAGCUCGCCCGGCACAUCGAGGAGCUGGCGCGCAGCGUCCCUCUGCCGCCGCUCAUCCUGAACUGCAGGAUGUUCACAGAGGACGCCGCGAACCCGGAGUCGGACCCGGCGGUGACGUCCGGGAGCGGCUCGGUUGAAAAUGAGGAGGAGGCGUCCAACGUGAUGCUGUUGAGUGAAGGGCGAGACGAUGGAGACGGCCGUCAUGUCGUCAAGCUGCACGCCGAGAGGACCGGCGGGGAGGAGCAAAACACCGGCUCUGGUUCAGGAACAAGAAUAGUCUAUGAGAGCGACGCGUGAAACCGAGAUGAUCAGAAACACGUGUCUGCAAAGAAAUGUCCAAAAACUGCCAGAAAUCAAGAAAUCAUAAAGAUUCUGAAUAAUUUAUUUUAAAAUCCUGCACCAGGACAGAACUCAGAUCAGAGAGGACCGGAGGACGCCUAAAGCUUUGACUGUGGAACAUCUGGCACGUUUUCUCCCUUCACACAUUCAUUACAUUAUUACCCACCAUCACAGAUGGGUAAUAACGUAAAUGCUUGUGUGCACGUGUUGGUCUGUGUUAGUAAAAUAUUGAGGAAAAGAUGCAUUUCUCAGGAAGUAAUCAUCAAUUUUACUUCUACAACUGUCUGAGUCAACUCGAUUCAAAAUGGCCGCCACAGCUAACUGAUCAUAUCAAUCAUAAAAUCAUAAAAUGAGCUUGAACUCAAACACGAUCUGAACUGGAUAUGGUGUGGUAGUAGCUGAUAGUCAUCCCAACAUCCACUCUAA